UUUUAAGUUUGAAUGUCGUGAGUACUUUAUAUGCAUAAGCGUGAGAUUAAUAAUGAGGUUAGUUUAGAGCACUUACAUGAAAUCUAUGUUUAUGGGCAAUGAGUGAUGGACACACAGAGCUGUCAUUGGUGUGUCUUGAAUAAAUGGUGGAUCGAUUACAAAAAGACUAUCCAUGUGAGAAUAUGAAUGAAUCAAGAAGUGACCUGACAAUUAAAGUUGCAAAACUUCAUGAAGCAAUAUUUGGCGAAAAUCCUACGUUUGGUUUGCAGAAAAGCGAUCAAUCUUUUCCUUCGGGCGGAAGGUCUGUCAAGUGUUUUGAAGGACUACGAAUUCGCCAACCAGCUAACAAAAAAUUUACUGCAUCGAGUAGCUCUCCAGAUACUGUAGUAGCGCAUUACGAUAUAAAAAACUUUAAUCGUGCUGAGUUACCUUACUUCGAAGUACGUCUAAAAAAGCAUGCUGAUUCAAGCUAUGGGAUUUUACUACGCCGUGGUCUAUUGAUCCACCGUUUUCACCUAACGGAUGAUGGAUUUAUAGUAGAGAACCGUUCUGAAGUCCUUUUGGUAGAUAACGGCGUGCAGAAUCCUUCCUGUGGUUUACUUCCAGGCGAUUAUAUUGUGGCUGUUGGGGGAAAGCAUGUUGGAUCACUUUCUCGCAAUGAAAUCGUGCAAUUGAUUCGCUCUUCCGGCCAUAAUCUUUGUUUAACUGUACAAUGUCUUCCUGAACUUACUGAUUUUUUCUAUCGUCUAGUGCUUACCUCACAAUUUGCAACAAAAAGUCUAAAUACAGAACAAGAAUAUGUACAAGACAACUUAUGUGAUUUAACUCCGGUGUCUGUUCGGGGCUACGUUGUUAAGUACGGAGGAUUCAAAAACUUGUACAUACAUUUACAGAAGAUAAAACUUGAUACAUUUGAGAAUUCAUCGUUCAAUGCUAUUCAUAGCAUGAAACAUAAAUCAAACAAUCAUCAUCAUCCUGAUAAUAAUAAUAGUAAUAAUAAUACGAAUAAUGAUUAUAUGCAAUCUGUAUAUGAUGAAGAUAAUAAUAAUGAAAUCGAUUUUCCAGUUUGGAUUGCAUUUAAACAAGGAUAUGUUUCAGGAAAAUUUCUUAAUUCACUGCCAAAUGGACGAUGUCGUGUGAUGAUUCUACCAGGUCAAGAAGUAAUUGAAGUCAAUUCGGAAGAUGUUGAACGUGCAAAUCCGCCUCGUUUCGAUCGAGUUGAUGAUCUAAUCAAAUUGCGUUAUAUUAAUGAAUCUAGUGUGACACAUUCAUUUAUUCAACGAUAUGGAUCUGGUCUAAUAUUCACUUAUGCUUCUGGCGUCAAUUUAAUCAGUAUUAAUCCAAUGAUGCCAUUGAAUAUUUAUUCGGAUAAAGUAAUGGAUUUAUUUACCGAUUGUCAAGUACGCUAUAAUAUGCCACCGCAUGUUUAUUCUGUGGCUCAAUUAAUUUUAGCUCGUUUAAAACGACGUUUAUUCUAUUCUAUAGUUACAAUGGAACAACAAGAAAAUCAUUUGAACAGCACAAAUCCAAUUUAUCAUUUACCAUAUUCUUUAAAUCAACAAAUUCUAUGCUUAUUAGGUCGUUCCGGUUCUGGUAAAACACAUAUCUCUAAUGAUAUAUUCACUUAUAUGAUUUAUCAAUCUGAAAAAUCUAUCAAUCUUUUUAAUCAGUCAAUUCAUAAUAACAACAGUAGUAACAGCAGCAGCAACAGCACGAUAUUAUCCAGUAAAAUCAAUGGUAAUCGUUUACGUGCCCUAUUCAAUAUGCUUGAUUCAUUCACUUGUUCACGUAUUAUUCUUAAUACCAAUGGAAGUCGUGCUUUACGUUUAUUCUCAUUAGAAUUUGCUAGUAUUCAUUCUUUACCAAUAGUUAAUCAACCGGAAAAUAUGAGUUUAAUUAUUACAGGUUUAACAACACGAUUGUUAUUGUUUGAACGUAGUCGUGUCACUGAUCGUCCUGAAGGUGAACCGAAUUUUCAUAUAUUUUAUUAUAUGUUAGCUGGUUUGGAUGAAGAGUCAAGACGAGAAUUAUUCCUAACUGAUUUAGAUGCACCAAACUUAUUUAUGACUCGUCUGCAUCGUCCAGAAGAUAAAGUAUCAGCUAAAAAAAUUUGGAAUCAAUUAUGUAAUGAUGCAGAAUUAUUAGAAUUUAAUAUAAAACAAGAAUGGUUAACUGGUGGUAUAACACGUUUAUUAGCUGUAAUUUAUCAUUUAGGUUGUGCUGGUUAUUGUCAUGAUGAAUUAAAUCCUGUUAAAAAUUCAAAAUAUUAUUUUAAAAAUUAUCAAUCAGCACAAUAUGCUGCUUAUUUAUUGCAUUGUUCAUUGGAUACAUUAAAUGAACUUAUCUUUUAUCCAAUACUUUGUCAAUCGUCGACAAAUCCUCAACCUCCUCCUCCUCAUCAUCAUCAAAGUCAUAAUAAUACAUCAAUGAAAUGGACUGCUAAAAAUUGUCUAUAUGCAUUUGUACAAAAUUUUUACAAUAUCAUUGUGGAUAUAUUAGUUAAUUUAAUGAAUCGCUGUUUAUCUACAUCAAAAUCAAAUUUAUCUAAUCAACUUCAAGUUGCAGCACAAUUAAUUCUAAUUGAUCCAGUUGGAUUUCAAAUACCUUAUUCUUCUACAACAUCCAAUAUAUUAUCAUCAUUAAAAACACCAAAAUCAUCAUUAGAAAGUAAUGAAAUGCAAAAAACUGGACAUUUCACUGAUUUAAUUUUUAAUUAUGCUUAUGAAUGUUUGAAUCAACUUUAUUUUGACACUAAUAUUCUAUUGGAUGAACAACGUUUAAAACAUGAUGGUUUAACUUCACCUAUUCCAUAUGAAAAUUUUUGUCGUACAAAGAGUAUUCUAAAUUUCAUUGACAAUGACACAUUGUCUAAGACUCCGAAUUCACUUCCAAUGAAAAGUAAUUUAACUGCAUCGAAUAAUGAUCUGUGUAAUAAUAAUAAUAAUAAUACAAUGCUUCCUGGUUUAUUUCACUUAUUGGAUACAGUUGGUCAAAAUGGUGACUAUUCUCAAUUAUUUGAUGCACUUAGUCAAUUGUAUCAAACACAACGGAAAUUAUAUCAAAAUCGAGAUUUACGAAGUAUUCGUCGAUUUAAACGAAAUGCUUCAUCGUUUAUAUUGAAUCAUAAUUUAUCUACCACCCCGAUUGAAUAUUCACCGAAUUGGAAUUGGUUUACACCUUAUCAUCGAUCUGUAGCUAGUCGUAAGAAACUAAUCAAUUUCUUGGAACAAUCUUCACUUGGAUCUUUACGUAUGCUUGUUAGUGUGUUAAAUUAUAAAGAAGAUUAUUUAAGCUCGUUUCUAUCGAAUAGUUCAAGUCAUAUUGGCACUUAUACUGAAGUGAAAUCGGUCAUGGAUACGCUUAUACGUUCUUUAUAUGAUUGUGCUGUACACAAUGCUUCAUAUAAUCCAAAUGAUCCAGGCUCCGGUUUCAAUGAUGGCGGUCCAUCAAGUGGUCUACAUUGGAUUCAUUGUUUUUUACCAGUGUCUACAGCUGGUUUAUGUGAAUUAAAUGAAGAAAUACCAAUUGAUCAAUUGAUACAAACAAGAAAUUCUCCAUCUAAUCAUAAUAAUAAUAAUAAUAAUAACAGUAUCGAUGAAAAGCACAAUACUACUGAUAAUGCUAUUAAUCAUGAUACAACAUCGAAUUCAUUUCUAACGGAAUUAAUUAAAUCUUAUCCAAAUAGAAAUUUAGUAUUUAGUCCAGCACGUAUAUGUGUCAAUUUAAUACGUGCACAAAUUCGUGGCAUAGAAUUAAUUCAUACAUUACAAGCAAUGAAACAAAGUUAUCCAGAUCGUUUAUCAUUGAAAGAAUUCUGUCAUCGAUUUGUUUCAUUAUUACCAAUCAAUUCAAAAGUCAAUGAAUGGAAACAUAAUGAUACAAUGAACAAAACGAUUGUUCAUGAAAUUCUGAAUUCAUUGCAUUAUUCUCCAGAAACAUUUCAACUUGGUCAGAAUAAUGUAUAUCUUCGAACAUUUAUCAUUCCACAACUAAUUCAUCGUUUGUCUUAUUCAUCGGAAUUAUCUAAUGAACAAGAAUUAAUUCAUGUACAACCUGAUUGUAAAUCAUUUAUCAUUGAUUAUUGCAAUGAUCAACAGCUUACGGUCACAGAAGAUAAAAUCAAUCCUCGUAUUGUUGUACCAAAUUACACAAACACUGUGGAACAUUCAAAAAAUAUUGAUAUUCAUGAAAUUCAACAAGUUAAUGCUCCCACGAGUCUAUCAUCAGAUAAAGAUGAUACCUUGACUAAACGGGAAUCCAUUUCCCCAUCAAAAAUGGAUGAUAACUUGACAACUGAACAUGGGAGAUCUGAACUUUUAAAAUCAAAUAUGAUGAAAUCUGAUGAGUUGGAAUCAACGUCUAGUGAAACGCUUAAUGCACAAAGCAAUAUGACAACGACUGAUAAGGAAAUUACACUGAACAAACGUGGAAGACGUUCUAUAUCCAUAUCGCGGGAUACUGAUGAUUCAAAUCAAACUUAUAAAUAUGGUUCUGUGGUAUUAGUUGGUUCAUCGGAAACUAUAAAACACAAUCCCGAAAACAAUAAUAUUGUGAAAACAGAUAAUUCAAUAGUUUUAAAUAAAGAAAUUCUCUUGAAUAAACCAACUUCAUCAUCGCCAUCAUCAUCAUCAAAUAAUUUGACAGAAGUUAAAUUAAAUAAUAAUAAUAAUAAUAAUACUCAACCUGUGAUAAUUUCAUUUGAUUCUGUUAAAAAUGAUCUCAAUGUUGAAUUAAAAAAUGAGGAUAAACAAGUGAAACCUCGAAAAAAUACACUGCAACGAACAUCGUUUACCGAUAAUGAAUCUGAUAAACAAAUUUUAAUUCGAACAAAUCGUUUGACUGAUUCAUUAAAUGGUGCGGAAUCUAAUCAGACUGAUCAUCAGAAAGUUUCAACGAAUUUGUCAUCACAAGAGGUUCGUCUUGAUCAACUUCAGUCAGAUGCAUUACUGAAUAAUAAAACCGGAUGUACUAAUCAAAAUAAUGAUAUUAUUUAUAAGCCUACAAUCAGAUCAAUGGCAUCGCCUAUUUCACAAUUAGCAAUUCAAUUCGAUAAUAACAAUUCAUUGAAUAAUUAUAUUGACGAUUAUGAAUUGGAUAAAAUGAAACAUGAAUAUAUGAAAGCAUUGGAACGUAUUAAAGAAUUAGAAACAAUGUUAAAUGAUGUACGAUGUAAACUGUCAGCAUUGACCAUUGAAAAUUCACAUCAUAAACAAAAUUGUGAUCGUGCACGAAUUGAUUUAGAAUUAGCUGAAGAAAAUCGUAUACAAGCUGAACAACAAAUGAAAGUGAUCAAUUUAAAAUUAGAACAAGCUGAAAAACGAAAUCUACUCUUAUUGGAAUCACUGAAAACUACUACCUCUGAACAAGAUGGAGAAAAUAAAAUUACUACAGAAUAUACAAUUUUAUAUCCAGAUGCCCCUGAACCAUUAUUAACAGAAUUAAAUCAAUUACGUUCAACAAAUCAAUUAUUAACUAUACAAUUAACCGACUUACAAAAUACCAUUGAUGAUUUAAAAAAAGAUUUAGACACAGCGCAUGCAAAUCAUCAAAAAGCUGAAAAAACUAUUGAAAAACUACGCAACGAUAUGACACGUAUACAAGAUGAACAUGAAGCGGAUUAUGAAGCGAAUCGUGCAGCGAAUCAAGUUAAAUUACGUCAAUUAGAAGAAGAAUUAAGUAGGAUGGAAGAAGAGAAUACACGUUUAAAACGUGAUAAACAUCAAUUGGAAUUAGAAGUGUCCACAUUGAAUAUUGAAUUGUCAAGUACUUCUAAUGAUGGUGAUUUGGAACAUAAAUUAAAGAAAGAAUUGAAAAUCAUUAAAAAUUUACUCCAGGAAAAAGAAGCAUUAAUCAUUGAAUUAUCUUCAAAUCCUGGUGAUUCACAAAAUCAAAUUAAAAAACUACGUGAUCGAGUUGAUGAAUUGGAUGAAUUAAAUGAAAUAUUGAAUCGUCAAAAACGUACAUUACAAAGUGAUUUAGACGAAAUUCAACAACAACUGACGACUGCUCAACGUAUACAAAAAGAGUGUGAAGAAGAAUUAUCUCGAUCGAAACGUCAAGUAUUAGAUUUACAAAAUCAAUUUACUGAUCAAGAAGAAGCGCAUAAGGAGACACGUGAUAAAUUACAAAAUGCCACCGCUACUUUAACAAUAAAAGAGGCUACAAUUCAAGCACAAAUACAAGAAAUAGAAGAAUUUUUAGUUGAACGGAAAAAACUACAAACACAAAUAGAUGAAUUGAAAUUGAAAUUGAAUACUCAUAGUAUUGAUCAGGUACCUCGUAGUGAAUUAGAACGUUUAGAAGCAAAAAUUCGUGAAUUAGAACAACGUUUAGAUAUUGAAACUAGUAAUCGUAUACGUAUACAAUAUUCACUUGAUCGUGCACGUGAAACAAUUGAUCAAUUGACUAGUGAACGUGAUAAAUUAUUAAUUACUGAAGCCAAUGAACGUGAACAAAAUCGUAAAUUAUCACGACAAUUACGUGAAGCACAACAAGAUGAAAAUGAAGCAACUAGACGUGCUACAACAGCACAACGUAGAGCUGAAGAAGCACAAAUGGAUGCUAGUAAAGCUAUGCAUGAAGCAUUAUGUUCACGUGCUGAAAUGAAUGCUCUGUUAAGACGUACACAAGAUUUAGAAGCAUUAAUUAAAUCGAAACAAAGUGAAUCGGAUUAUGAAGAUUUAUUAAAUUAUCAUUCAUCAGUUGAAAAUCUUCUAUUAAAUAAAUCAACUAAAAGUUCACAAGAUCUAUUAUUGUUACGUUCAAAUUCAAAACGUCGUCAUCGUUUACUACAUUGUACCACCAAUCAACUUCGUCUUUUAAAUCGUGCAUUUUCUGAUGAUAAUCUUCCUUACUUUCCAAAUCGUUUCUCAGAUCAUUUAAGUACAACUAUGAAUAAUUCACAAUCUAUGUUUAGUGAUACAUCACACUUGAAUUCAUCAUCAAUUGAACAUAAAAAUGUGAAUAAUUCUAAAGAAUAUUUAUUAAAAAAUAAGACGUUAUCAUCACAAGAAAGAUCUUCUUCUCCAAUUGUUACUUUAUCAAAUCAAUUAUUAUCUUCUGAAGAAAAAUGUGUCCAUUCAUCAAAUGUCAACUCGAAUAAUAAUAAUAAUAUUGAACCAAUAACUGAUUCAAUUCAUAAACCAGAUUCAAUUAAUAAUAAUAAUAAUAAUAAUAAUAAUAAUAAUAAUAAUAGUGAUAAUCGAAUUUGUAAUCAACCGAAUGGUUCAUUAAUAUUUUCUUCAAAUGUUCGCCUUUUAACUUCACCAAAAUUUAAACAAACGCUAACUAUUAAACGUGUUCAAUCGGAUUAUAUAUGUGAACCAAAUAUGGAAUCGGGCAAUAAUAUUAAAGAUCACAAUAAUGAUCGAUAUUCUACUGUUUGUGAUCCUAAUCGUAGUUCAAUUGAUUCAUACAAUAAUGACCAUGAUGAUGAUGUUGAUGUUAAUGUAUGCAACCAUAUUCCUAUUAAUACUACUAAUAAUAAUAUAAGUAGUAGUGAAAUAACUGUGUGUAAUGAAUGUCCAUCGAUGUCAUUUUCAUCAAAUGAAUCAUCAACUCAUAGUUUAAAUCAAUUGCAUAAAACUAAUUUGGAAAUUUAUUGUCAUGGUAAAUUAAAUUUAUAUCAUCGUUCUAAUUGAAAUGGGAAAAAGGAACACGGUGAAUGUGUUUUUUGGUUCACAUAUAUAUAAUAAAUUCCAGAAAUUUUGUAUCAGUGUUUAUAGUUCAAUCAGUUUGUAUUGCUUAUCUCUCUCUCUGUGUGUGUGUUGUUUGUUUUUUUAUAUUCGUUGUUAUUUUUAUGAUGAUAUUUGUAUUAGUUUAAUAUGUAUAAAGCCCCCCCCCCCCGGUGUUUGUAAUAACAAUACUACUAAAUACUAAAAAAUAAGUGAACUCGAACUUAUUAUGAUGACUAUAAAGAAUCGUCUUUGUUUUUUGUCUUUACAAACUUAUUCAUCACUACUGGAACUUGUGCACACUUCCCUAAUAACUAUUAUUUCUAUUGUUUAUUGUUUAUUUAGUAUUUUAGGUACUAAAUUGUUGUUGUUGUUUCUUUUUUAUUAAGGAGUAAAAUGUAUUUUAUUUGUAUGUUUGAAUAUGAAUGAAUAAUGCACAAAAAAAAAUUAAAAACUAUAACCAUAUAGACGACAUCAUUGUUACUACUAUUGUUUGUUAGCAGGAUAUUUUGUCGUUUUUUUUUUAGUAAGAAAAAAAAAU